UUGUACUAAUUUGGGUUAUGUUUUCUGUUUUCUUUCAGGCACAGCGAGCGGAGAACACCGUCAUGCAAGCGCUGGAAUCGCUGAAUGACAAUCAGGUGAACGAUUUUCUGAGUGGCAAAUCUCCGCUGAACUUGAGCGUCCGUUUGGGAGACCACAUGAUGCUGAUCCAGCUGCAGCUAAGUACUUUGAAUCCUUCGUCGCAGAGUGGUAGUCGGUCCAAGACUCACAAAUCUCGCAGCCUAACGGGAGGAAGUAGCAGUUCUGGCGCUUCCGGAGCUAGUCUAAUCCAAGCUUCCUCAUCUAGGAGUAGGACCAGUAUUCCAAUAGGGUUCCGCAGAGUGGCAGCCGAUGGUUCCAGUGGGUCCAGCAAUAGAACCAUUGUUGAACACGUGACCGAGUCACAGACCUUCACCAAGCAGGAACUAGAAAACAUUCACAGCAUAGUGAAGAACCUUGCCGAAAGUGAGAACCCCACAAUGGCUAUCGUGCGCCCGAGUGCACCGGAACCGAUGGAGACUGAGCCGGAAGUCAGACCUUCACCAUCAGAGUCCCCCAUCAAAUCCCUGUCCAAUCUGGUGUCUAGCUCCAUCGACACUAGUAACAUUCCUGUACCGUGCAAUAACAACAGUCUACCGGUAGAUCUGCCUUCGCCUUGCACGGAUCCAAUCAGCGCCAACCUCACCUCAUGUCUGUGCAAACGGCUGGACAACAACGACAACAACUCCUGCGACAUAACCUGCUCUUCACGUACUCCAGAACCUCAGCCAUCGACGUCAACGGCCAGUUUGCAUCGCACGGCUCACAACCCCAUAACGCGCCACAAAUCAAAGGUCCAAACCCUUCGGAAGCACUACAGCUUCGACAGCACUGCUCUGGAGAAGACGGAACUAGAAUCCGUGCAACCCGUGGCGUCUACAUCCGCCCCUAACUCUCCGCAACGCCCAGAACAAGCCCUGGUGCACCAUUCUCACCAUCACCAUCAGCAUUACCACCACCAUCACCACCAACACCACACAAGUCAUCAACCUCAGCCCCAGCCCGGUCCCAGCAACGCCUCCCGAGCCAUCAGCGCCGAUCCGGCAAACGCAGAAAACCCUGCCCUAGCGGAAGCCUCCCGCAAUCUGACGCAAACCCUUCGCAAACUCUCCAAACGCGUCUUUACCAACAAGGUCAGCGACACCGCUCAGGAACAAGCGCGCAACGUCAGCUCCGGUGCCGUGAUCGAAUCCAUGAAGCACCACGGGAAGGGCAUCUACUCCGGCACUUUUUCAGGAACGUUGAAUCCCGCCUUGCAGGACAAGUUCGGCCGGCCGAAACGGGACAUCUCAACGAUCAUCCACAUCCUGAACGAUCUGCUGAGUGCGGCGCCGCAGUGCGCCCGCACUGGAACCAAGAUUUAUUUUGAACCAUCGUCGUCGUCGGCAUCGGCUUCGUCACAAUCGGUGGCAAGUGCUGGUGGCAGUUCGGUUAGCAAUCAGGUGACGGCUGGAUCAAGCGCUACGUCCGGGGUGAACAGCGGAAGCAAUACGCAAGCCGCUGCGCUGAUGGCGCCCACCACGCUAACCACUCCUGUGGCAGCACCCAGCCCGCGACUUCCGUCGGCUUCCCGAUAUGUUCCGGCUGCGAUCCACGCCAAAAAGUACCCCAGCAACAGCGCCGGCGGAACGACAACCACCGUGGCAAACCUUGGCCCUAGCAGCAGCUGCUGCAGCGGUUACAAACCCUUGGAACACCCGACCAACAGUGGAGGUGGCGCCACCUCCACCACCCUUUCGGCCGCCCGCUGCCAUCACCACGCGUCGUCGAAAGCCGCCACCCCAAAAGUGCUGUGCAAAUGUGGCCUCCCACUGACGAUGGCGACGACAACAGCAGCCGCAGCACCAACACCCACGCCGCAACAUUGCCAACGCUGUGCCGCCGCCAUCAGUGCGGCCGAGCUGGAAAACUCCAAAACCAAAUCCAAGCUAGACAAUCUCCGCCUGAUUAUGCAGCAGAAAAAGGAACGCCGCGAAGCACGUAAGCAGAAGUGUGCGCCGUACAGCACCGCGGCGUCGACGAUGGCCUCCCCGCUAGCAGCAGCAACGUCUCCGGCGGCCAUCGGAGUUAGUGGGCCGACGGCGGUGGUGGCUUCCCACCACGCCGCCACCUUCUCAGCCACCGCACCCGCCGCCACAGCUCAACCCAUUCAACAAGACCCGACCAUGGAUACGACUCCGGCCAUGGCCGGCGGAGAUACUGCAGCAUCCGCAGCAGCAUCAGCAUCAGAAUCCACAUCGGAGGGAAAUAGCAACAACAGCAGCAACGCAGCAGCGAAUUCGGCCACUGCCACCGCUACGGCAACGACCACCACCACAACGGCGGCGGCGACGGCGGCCGCUACGACGUCUUCGGAGGCGGCUCAAAGUCACCAGAUCGUGGAAGAGGUCGACACGGUUGCAUAAGGUGGGUAGUGUGCGGGAAUAUCCAUAUGC